AUGAAGGAUUACAUAUACGUCUUCGUUGGAAAUAUACUCCUAAGCACAGUAUCUCAUGCAGUUCCUCUCGGAGGAAUUAGCGAGACGACCGGCGAUCAAAAAGACGCAAAUCUACACGACCAACUUUAUGGCCUAGCAGAGGACAAUGAUAAUGUAAAAGAAAAUAAGCCAGGACAAAGAGAAAAAAGAUUUUACAAUUACUUUGACUACAAUAACGGUUUCAAUAUAAACCAAGAUUUUCCCAUUCCAUUCCGUCAAAAUAUCCAAAGAAGGGAGCCAUACAAUAGCUUCGGUAACUAUGGUUCACAGGACACAUUAGAUUUAAUUCUCACCAAGCUGCAGGAAAUAGCUAGAGACAGAACCUACUUACCUCCACGUACCAUAACCAUACCAGUUCCAACCUAUAUUCCCGUCUUAUACGUUCCAAAAGUAACUUGCGACUGUUCAUCAAAUGAUGCCACAAAAAAACCACGUCCUGUUAACAACAAUACUAUGCCAGAUUUUCCAGACAGGUUCUCGCCUACUGAUGACACACAAAAUUCAGAUAGUUCGGAAGAUUAUACUGAGGAUGAAGGAUCGAGACCGCUUUCAUUUAAUCCUGUGAUAUUAGAUGAACCAUUAAGUAAACCGCCGCCUCCAUUAGAACACGGAAGUGUCCAGGCGGGGCUGGAGCCAGCAAUUCCGGAACUAACAACAAGAAAUCCAGUAACUCUGGAAAAAGAUGUUACGGAUUCAUCACAAGACACACCACCUACACCCUGCGAGAAAGCCUCUGUAUCAUGUUGUCUUAAGCCUACAGUCAACUAUACUUGUUUCACGUCAUAUGGAUGUAAUGAUUUGGCGUAUUUCAAAAAUGGAUGCGUUCUAGAUCGUAUGUUACCCGCAAUACAGAAGUUAGAAAGAUUCUUAAAACGAAAAGUAUCUACUGGAAGUUAA